AAUGUCACAUAGAUGUCAACUUUUGUGUUUAAAGUUACAAUUUAGCCCUCCACCCCAUAUCACAGAAUUUUUGUUAUUUGUGCUCCAAAUUCCACCUAUUACAUGUAUUUAUUUCACUGUUGCGUGUUUGUAAACAAUGGAUUUGAGUAGUUUUCAAGUUUUGCAAGCCCCUCCGACUAUCUACUACAUUCCUAAUUUUAUAACACCAGAAGAAGAAGCUCACAUUUUGAAAAAUGUAUAUUCGGUACCUAAACCAAAGUGGACUUGUUUGUCCAAAAGAAGACUGCAAGACUAUGGGGGUGUGCCCCAUGAAAAAGGGAUGAUUCCAGAAGCAAUACCAAAUUGGCUGACAAAAUACAUGGAGAAAGUCGCACAAUUGAAUGUUUUUGAAGGAAACAAACCAAAUCAAGUAUUAAUCAACGAAUAUCUUCCUGGCCAAGGGAUAAUGCCACAUACUGAUGGCCCUUUGUUUUAUCCCACUAUUGCCACGAUUUCAUGUGGCUCUCACACAGUAUUAGAAUUUUUAGAAAAUAACGAAAAUCGAGUUAAAGUUUGCCAGUUACUUCUUGAAAGAUGUAGUUUAGUUAUAAUCAAAGAUGAUAUGUUCACUAAAUACCUCCAUUCCAUUAGAGAACUUGAUACUGAUAUUAUUGAUGAAGGCUGUGCAAAUUUAUUAAAUUGUGAAAAACAAUAUGCCAUUGGUGAUAAAGUUAAAAGAGACACUCGAGUUUCUGUAACCAUUAGAAAUGUAACAAAAGUGCUUAAAGUAAAACUGUUUAAAUAAUUA